AUGUACAGUGACGAAGGUAAGCCCACAAAAACCUCGAUAGAUGCUCUCCACUUGAACUCCACCAUUAAAAACAAGUGCAACACUUUGCUAAACAAGGAGUCCCAUUUGAAGUACAUUAUCAAACAAAUGAACAAAGUGCUUCCCAUUGACUACAGCAUGCUUAUUCCCUGGGUUGGCGCGUGGAUGUCAAACGGUCUGUACGUUAUACUGGGCAGAGAGGCAUUCUACUCAAGCUUGGCCUCUGGAGAGAUACAUAAACUGCACAAAAUAGCAAAUCAGAUAAUAAACCUGCAGGGUAAAGGCACAGGAGUCAGCGGAGGAGAGGGACAGCUGCCUAAUCUAGGAAAUACAUACGCUGCACUAGUCCUACUGCGCACACUCAAUAGGCUGGAUGAAAUAGACAAAAAAGGAGUCAUCAGUUUUAUCAAAGAAAUGAAGGUGGAAGCCGGGUUUACAAUGUACAAAGACGGGGAAGUGGACCCUAGGUCGAUAUACUGUGCAGUGGCCUCGUACUCUAUCCUGUUCUCAGAAGAGAUAAAAACAAAGUCGCAAUUUAAUCCUCUGCAAACAGAAGAGGGAAAAGAAAUAUUCUCAGAGCUUCCCGAGAUAGUGGGCAAUCUGCAGACAUAUGAAGGAGGAUUUGCAGCCAGUCCGGGAGAAGAAGCACACGGAGGGUACACUUACUGCGCCAUAGCUGCACUGAAAAUACUAGAAAGCGAAAUACCGAAUGAAAAUCUUCUGAAAAAAUGGCUGCUAGACAGACAGGAUGCGAUAACACACGGCUUCAAUGGAAGAACAAACAAAGGCGUAGACUCGUGCUACAACUUCUGGGUGGGCGCGUGUUUUAAGAUGAUUGGUCUUCCGAUCUACUCGGAUGAAGGCCUUGUCCGGUACACUCUCUCCAACUGCCAGGAUGAAAACGGAGGAGUAAAAAACAUCCCAGAAUCUCGCCCAGACAUUUACCACACGGCAUAUGCGCUGCUGGGGCUAUACAUAAUAAACGAAAGCGACUUCAACUGCAUUCUAGGCCUUCCUGUGCAGAUGAAUAUGUAG